UUAGAAUUCGAAGUUUCUGUUUCUUUUAAUAUUGACUUUUUUAGAUGCAAUGAACCAUCACUAUUUGUUCUGCGCUGUUCAAAUGAUAUAGGAGAAUUAUGUGCCAAACUCCACCGUCUGUCAGCAUAUGGAUUAAAUAUCUCAACUGUAGAAGACCAAAUAUGCAUUCUGUAAAAUUAUCAUCUGGUCAUGAUAUGCCUACUGUAGGUUUAGGAACAUGGCAGGCUAAACCUGAAGAAAUUGAAGCUGCUGUUGGGACUGCUUUAGAAUGUGGUUACAGACAUAUUGAUACUGCAUUUAAUUACAAUAACGAAGAAGCGAUUGGAAAAAGUUUAAAUAAUUGGUUUAAUAAAGGUGGUAAACGUGAAGAACUUUUUGUUACGUCAAAGUUACCCCAUUAUGGUAAUCGACCAUCAGACGUUGAGAAAUUUCUUAAAUUAUCAUUAGAACGUCUUGGCUUAGAUUAUUUGGAUAUGUAUUUGAUCCACAUGCCAUUUGCCUUUAUAUUAGAUAAAAAUGUAUAUGCUCCUGCAACUUUAGAAGAUGGUAGUUAUAUACUUGAUUUAGACACUGAUCCAGUUUCUGUAUGGAAGGAAAUGGAGAAACAAGUAGCAAAAGGACUUGUUAAAUCUAUAGGUUUAAGUAAUUUUAAUGAAGCACAAAUAUUAGAAGUAUAUAAAAAUGCACAAAUAAAACCAACCAACUUGCAGGUUGAAUUGCAUGCAUAUCUACAACAGAAACCAAUAAGAGAAUUUUGUCAAAAGCACAAUAUACAUGUAACAGCUUACAGCCCAUUAGCAUCACCUGGAGCUAAAUUCCAUUUUCAAACAAAAUAUAAUUAUAAUACAGAAAACUUUCCUGAUCUUCUUGGACAUCCUGUUGUACUUGAAAUGGCUAAUAAAUAUAAAAAAACAACAGCACAGGUGUUGUUACGACAUUUGGUACAACAAGGAAUUAUUGUUAUUCCAAAAAGUUCUUCACAAGAUAGAAUUAAAUCCAAUAUCAAUAUUUUUGAUUUCGUUUUAACAGAAGAAGAUAUAAAUACUUUAAAUGCUUUAGACAAAGGUACAGAUGGCAGAAUAUUCAAUUUCCUAUUUUUCAAAGGGGUUGAAAAGCACCCACUUUAUCCAUUUAAAAAUGAGUUGACAUCAUGAGCAAAGGAUUUGCUCUUGUUACAUAAUUUAAAAAUAUAGAAUUAUAUAAAAAAAAAUAAAAGAGUAAAUUGUAUGGAGUAUUGAACAAAAUGCACAAAAUUAAUUAUACAAUGAAAGCUUUUUUUUUAUAUUUUAAUAUAACCUGUAUAACAUUUUUCGUUGCAUUCGAUGCUGAAGCUCUCCACGACGAAUCAUCGUGUGUAUAACUUUGUAAAUAGCACGUUCUGGAUAUUUUUGUUUAAGAAAGUCAUUAACAAUAUUUUGUUCUGAGACUUGAUUUCCAAUAGGAAAUCUACUUUUUAAUUGUUUUUCAAGGCGAGACAAUAUCUCAUGAUCUUCUUCUGAAGUGAAUCCUUCUGCACCUGUACAACAUAAUGUAUUAAUAUUAUGGAUACGUAUAUUAUAAAAAUAAUUUUCUGACUUUUAAUUAA